UCGUGGCGCACCAGAACCGAAAGCAGCGGCAGCCGCGCGGCCACCUGAACCACCCCUUGUGCCCAGGCCGGCGAACGGGCGCCCGCCGCCAGGCCCUCCUUCUUCCUCUCCACGCCCGCCGUCCCCAACCCCGGUCACUUAGAAGAAGAGCGCGCACCGGGCACUGAUCGCCCCUCGGGGCGCCGGGCGGCGGCCCUGGACGUGCGGGGCCCCCUGUGGGCCGGCCGCGGCGCCUCGGCCCUGUCCGCUCGCUCCCGCCUCCCCGGAGCUCGGGGCGCCGCGCGCGGGCCCGGCCCGGGGCAGGGCGGACAUGGGCGCCAAGCAGAGCGGCCCGGCCGCCGCUAACGGCCGCACCCGCGCCUACUCGGGCUCGGAUCUACCUUCCAGCAGCGGUGGCGGCGGCGGCGGGGCCAACGGGACCGCGGGAGGCAGCGGCGGCGGGGCUCGGGCCGCGGCGGCGGGCAGGUUUCCGGCUCAGGUGCCCGGCGCGCACCAACCCAGCGCUUCGGGCGGCGCCGCGGCGGCCUCGGCGGCCCCAGCGGCCCCGCGGAGCCGUUCCCUCGGCGGAGCCGUGGGCAGCGUGGCGUCGGGGGCCCGCGCGGCGCAGUCGUCCUUCAACAUCCCCAACAGCAGCAGCGGCCCGUACGGCUCGCAGGACUCGGUGCACAGCAGCCCCGAGGACGGCGUUGGAGGCGUUGGCGGCGUUGGCGGCGGCAGGGAUCGGCUGGCGGGUGGGGGCCCCGGCGGGCCGCGCCUAGUGAUCGGCUCCUUACCAGCCCACCUUUCGCCACACAUGUUCGGAGGAUUUAAGUGCCCUGUAUGCUCAAAAUUUGUACCAUCAGAUGAAAUGGAUUUGCAUCUUGUGAUGUGUUUAACAAAGCCAAGAAUAACCUAUAAUGAGGAUGUACUGAGUAAAGAUGCUGGGGAAUGUGCAAUAUGCCUUGAAGAACUGCAGCAGGGAGACACCAUAGCACGACUGCCUUGUCUAUGCAUAUAUCAUAAAGGGUGUAUAGAUGAAUGGUUUGAAGUAAAUAGGUCUUGCCCUGAGCACCCUUCUGAUUAAACAUUGAUUCCUGUUUUAUAGGUUUUCUUGUCUUUUCAAGAUACUUGAAAAAUCGAGAGGAUGUGAGAAUCUGGAUAACAGAAAUGCAGGCCUCCUCAGCCGGACACAGUGAUACAGACAGCCAUGCGGGCAGGUGAUUGUGCCUCACAGACAGGACACUUAGCCCAGAACUCAGCCCCAAACACACAGAGCAAGGAUGCACAGGGGCUCUGGCAAUGCUGCACAUCUAUAAUAGUCAUCCACAUAGGUAACACGGAGAAACAUUUUGUAUUCAGACGCCAAAGUUAACUGCUUUCCAAGUUGAUUUACCUUUUGUUAGGUUGUCUAGAGCUGCACACCUGGUUGUGUUUUGGUUUCUUCUCCUUUUCUACUUUGGGGGUCUGUGUUUUCCCAGUGUAAUGUUUCUGUAUCUAUCCAUUCUUAAGCUGAAAGCUACAUAAUUCUUAUAAAUUAAAAUCUUAAAUGUGAAACAGAAAUGUAAUCAAGCAGUAAAACGUUCUCUGAUUGUAGA